CAGCUACGUAAAGGCAAAGAGGCGUCUUCCGUCUAUAACAACAAAGGCUCGCCUUGCCUCAGAAUCUGCAAAGUUCUCAAUCCGAUCACAUCGACCGAAGCCUCCCCAUUGUUCCGCCGUCACGAUCAUGCGCGUCUCAGUCUUGGGCCCCGCAUUGCUGUUCCUGGUUAGCGCCAGGGCACAAGAAACCAGCGAGGGCAUCUUGACCAUCCAGACCUCGGUGCCUCCCUCUGUCGGCACGAGCGGAGGAUUUGGCAUUGAGACCGACACCACCAGCAAUACCAUCACCGUUCCACAGGCUACUACUGGUCUUGUCACCUCAGCCGAGAUGUCUAUUCCGCCAGGAGAGACUCCGAUCACCACUGGUCUCUCGAGUACGGGAAGCCCCUCUGGAGGCAGCGAAACCCCGAGUACGACGGGUUCCGGCGCGCCUGAGCAGAGUACGGGCGCGGCUCCAGCAGGUGUCGUGGUCGACGGCGGCUCUGGCAUGUUCGCGCUGGCUAUGUCCGGCCUUUCCGUCAUGCUCGGCGUUGCUUGGACUUCGUUUUGAAUGGCAUGACGGGAUUCGGGUGACGUUCAUCGGGUAGAGAAAGAGGCUGCGUGACACUUUCACACCAUUCAUUCAUUCUAGCGGCGCUGUCAAUAGGUUGGCGUAUGGAGACUUGGAUACUGGGAAAUUGGAUACAGUGUUCUCCAUGGGAUCUGGAAAGUGUAGCUGCGAUAUGCUUAUGUAAUGGAAGAAAGGUGAUUUCGUCAGCACGUAGUGGCUCCUUCACGCAGGGUUGGGC